UACAGCUGACCCGCGUUUUUGGCGUCCGGCCAGAGAGUCACAAACCACACACACCACCACGACCAUGAUGUCGGCGCCGGGAAGAGGGGCGGCUCUUCUAAGGAGUAAGCUGGCAAAUUGCCCUCGCCGUCGGCGACCCCAAUUGGAAAGAAAUAACAACACAACUAACCUCUUCCCUCCUGCUCCUCCCCCGUUCCGUCCCCCUCUAGGCUCGCGGCGAAUCUGCACUCAAUGUGCUCGCACGGCAUCGCGGCCCAGGAUGACAGCAACAGCCUGCCGGACGCCCGUCGUCCUUCCCCUGGCCGCCCGCCGCUGCUAUGCUACCGAACCAGUCACUCCUGCCGAAUCAUCACAACAGCCCGCCCCCACCACCGCCACACCUCCGCCCCCGGUAUCAACACCAACAACGACGACGACGACGACAACAACAACAACGACGACGGCAAACACGACGCCCUCGACGGCCUCGGACCCGACCCACUACCGCAUCAAGUCGUCCCUCAUCCUGAGCCGCCCGCCGCUCCUGACGCGGGAAGAGACGCCGUUCGAGUCGGCCUUCUACCUGUACCAGAAGCGGCUCAACGAGCGGCUGACGGCGCCCUUCCGGCGCGAGUUCUACUUCAAGAAGGACACGGCCGGCGACCUCGACUUCCGCAUCAAGCUCAAGGAGCGCCGCGGGGUGCCGGCCAAGGACAUCGGCCGGUACAACCCGCGCGGCCGCACCGCGUGGAACGACGAGGUCCUGGUCGGCUCCACCACGUCGGACCCGGACGUCGUCCGCGAGAAGCUGCUGGCCGACGCCGUCGUCACCGUCAGCGAGGACGGCGAGCCCCUCGCCCCCGAGGAGCGCGUCCCCGUCGAGCGGCCCAUGCCCCGCCGCUCCGAGGCCGACGAGAAGGCCGACGUCCGCCGCCUCGACCGCGCCAUGGACCGCACCCUCUACCUCGUCGUCAAGAGGGGCCAGGGCGACGACGCCGUCUGGGAGUUUCCCACGGGGCUCGUGCCCACCGACGAGGCCCUGCACGAGACGGCCGCCCGCGUCCUGACCGAGUCUGCCGGCCCAAACAUGAACACAUGGAUCGUCGGCCGCGUGCCCGUCGCCCACCACGUGGUCAAGCCCGUGCUGAGCGAGGACGGCGCCUCGGUCGUCAGGCGCGGCGAGAAGAUCUUCUUCCUCAAGGGCCGCAUCAUGGCCGGCCAGGCCGACCUCACCGGCAACAAGCACGGCCUGACCGACUUCAAGUGGCUCACCAAGGAGGAGCUGCAGGGGGUCCUGGCCGAGGACUACUACCACAGCAUCCGCGGCAUGUUUGACCUGAGGUAGACGCGUCGGUGAAAAAGGAAAUGAAGGGGAAGUGGAAGAGAAGGGGUGGGGGGGGGAGGAAGUGACAGAAGAAAGAAGGCGGAGUUGGCGGGGGGCAUAGCAAGCGAGCCGCUUUCUCGCUCUGUUUGGUGUCUUGUAAACUAGAACUGUACGCUAUGUAUAAACUGGCCCCAUAUUUUAUUUCUUCUCUCUCCGUUUUCUCAUCCGUCGCUGAUCUCAAUGCAGUGCGAUU